UUUCAUGAUAGAGUUCGAAAAUACUCUUCUAAAGUCUUCAAAUCUUCAUUACUUGGUGUGCCUAUAACUGUUCUCAGUGGUGCCGCUGGUAACAAAUUCAUGUUCUCUAAUGAAUACAAACUCGUCAAGGUUUGGUGGCCACCAUCCAUUCGCAAGAUCAUACCAACUUCAGAAGAUGCAUUCUUACCCUCGGCACCGAGACAAUCUAAGAACCUCCGCAAUAAAGUGUAUCCUUUAAUCCUUAAACCUGCCAUACUCCGGAAGUAUGUAGGCGUGAUGGAUUCUAUGGCGAUUAAACAUUUCGAUACUCAUUGGGAUAACAAGGAGGAGGUUAAUGUAUAACCUUUAAUGAAGAUGCACAAUUUCUCAUUGGCUUGCUGGUUGUUCUUGAGCAUUGAUGAUCAAGCUCGUGUUGAUGAGUUACUAAAGCCUUUUAAUCUCGUAAUGGGUGGAAUCCUAAGUAUACCUAUUGAUUUACCGGGAACACCAUUAAAUCGUGCUAUAAAAGCUUCCAAGGUUAUCCGGAAGGAAUUCACAAGAAUAAUUGAGCAGAGGAUGGAACAAAUGCAGCUGUUCAAGGAGAACAAGGAGAAGAUGGAAAAUAAUUCAACCUCCUCGACUCCAAUACUACAACCACCUAUAAAAGACAUGCUGUCACAAAUGAUUCUAUCCAGUGAUGAGAUUAACUAUCAUGAAGGUGACCACGGCACCUGUGCUGACACUAAUAAUAAUAGCGAUACUAAGAAAACCAAGAAAUUCAUGAAUGCAACAUACAUCGCGGAUAUGAUUCUUUCUAUGAUUGUCGCUAGCUAUCACACCCCAAGUGCUGUUGUUACAGUCCUGAUGAAGUAUCUUGUCGAGCUACCGGAUGUCCUCGACAAGGUCUUAAGUGAGCAGAAUAAGAUCGCGAAUUCCAAAGCACCAGGAGAGCUGCUGAAUCUGGGUGACAUACAUAAAAUGAAAUACUCAUGGAACGUGCUAUGUGAAGUAUUAAGACUUGCACCACCGCUCCAGGGUGCUUUCACUCAAGCAUUGACCGACUUUACUUACGCAGGCUAUUUCAUUCCCAAGGGAUGGAAGUUAUAUUGGAGCGCAACUUCGACGCACAAGAAUCCAGAAUAUUUUCCAGAUCCAGAUAAGUUUGAUCCUUCAAGAUUCCAAGGGAAAGGACCUGCUCCAUACACGUUUGUGGCAUUCGGAGGAGGACCUGGAAUGUGUCCUGGAAGAGAGUAUUCUAGAAUACAAAUGCUUAUUUUCAUGCACCACGUCGUGCGAAGGUACAGAUGGGAAAAAUUGCUUCCUGGUGAUGAAAAAAUAAAAGUCAACCCCUUUCCGUUGCCAGCUAAAGGGCUUCCGAUCCGUCUUCAACCCCGGACGACCUAAUUAUUGCUCUGAUAUGAUUUAUCAAAAUAAUUUGCUUUAUGUAUUGUGGCCAUUUACGAUUUUGAUAUUU